AUGAGCACAGAGAACAGUGCUGAUAAUGUUCUGGAGCAUAUGUGUGGUUGCCGUGGUGACCGGGCGGCCGUGCCCGGAAAUGGGAGGGCGCCGGGAAGCGCGCAGGGAGCGCCGGGGGCCGGCAGGAGCGGGCCCGGGAUGGAGGCCGGGGGCCCGCCGGGGGAGGCGCACAGCAUCUGCAUGGUGUCGGACUUCUUCUACCCCAACAUGGGGGGCGUGGAGAGCCACGUGUACCAGCUGUCGCAGUGCCUCAUCGAGCGGGGCCACAAGGUCCUGGUGGUCACCCACGCCUAUGGCCGCCGGAAGGGCGUCCGCUACCUCACCGGCGGGCUGAAAGUCUACUACUUGCCGCUGAAGGUCAUGUACAACCAGUCCACGGCGACGACGCUCUUCCACAGCCUGCCCUUGCUCAGGUACAUAUUUGUGCGGGAGAGGGUCACCAUCGUCCACGCCCACAGCUCCUUCUCCGCCAUGGCCCACGACGCCCUCUUCCACGCCAAGACCAUGGGGCUGCGGACGGUGUUCACGGACCACUCCCUCUUUGGGUUUGCGGAUGUCAGCUCGGUGCUUACCAACAAACUUCUGACAGUGUCCCUGUGCGAUACAAACCACAUCAUCUGUGUCUCCUACACGAGUAAGGAGAACACGGUGCUGCGAGCGGCUUUGGACCCUCUGAUAGUCUCUGUCAUCCCCAAUGCUGUCGAUCCCACCGACUUCACUCCAGACCCGUCAAGGAGGGAUGACAGUACAAUAACAAUUGUUGUUGUCAGCAGACUUGUUUACAGAAAAGGUAUAGAUUUGCUUAGUGGUAUAAUUCCUGAGCUCUGUCAGAAAUAUCCAGAGUUACAUUUCUUAGUUGGAGGAGAAGGACCAAAACGAAUCGUAUUGGAAGAAGUCCGGGAAAGAUACCAGCUACAUGACAGAGUACGUCUCCUAGGAGCCUUGGAACACCAGGAUGUUAGAAAUGUUCUAGUCCAGGGGCAUGUUUUUCUCAACACUUCCCUCACUGAGGCCUUCUGUAUGGCAAUUGUGGAAGCAGCAAGCUGUGGUUUACAGGUGGUGAGUACAAGAGUUGGCGGGAUUCCUGAGGUGCUUCCAGAAAAUCUCAUUAUUUUAUGUGAACCCUCUGUGAAAUCUUUGUGUGAUGGAUUAGAAAAAGCUAUUGCCCAGCUCAGAUCAGGAACACUACCAUCUCCAGAAAAUGUUCAUAAUAAAGUAAAGACAUUUUAUACAUGGAGGAAUGUAGCAGAGAGAACAGAGAAAGUAUAUGACAGGGUUGCAGAUGAAGUGGUUUUACCAAUGGAUGAGCGGCUUGACAGACUAAUGUCUCACUGUGGCCCAGUGACUGGGUAUAUUUUUGCUCUCUUUGCUGUUCUGAACUUCCUUUUCUUGGCGUUUCUGAGGUGGAUGACUCCAGAUUCCAUUAUUGAUGUUGCAAUAGAUGCCACAGGACCUAAAGGUGCAUGGACUAAACAGUAUUUUUUGGGGAAAAAAGGAGGAGGUAAAGAAGAACUUCCAAGCUCCUAAAAUGCUUAAAUGGAGAGGAAAGAGCGCAUCAGUCGCUGAAGGUUUUAAUGUUUUAAGAGUAAUGUCUCUAUCAGCAAAUUCUUCAGUUUCUUUCUGAAGUUCUUGGAAAGAAACUUGGUUAAAUGUGCUACCUCAAUUUAGGAUGAUGUUUUAAUUUAGUUUUGGAUUCAUGCAAAUUUGCGGACAUCUCUUUUGCACUUAAAGCUGGGAGGAGAACAUGGGUUUUUAUAUGUGUCAAAAGCCUUUGAGACAAAACUACAAGAUUUUUCUCGACAACUUGAAUAUUACAGAAAGUGACUGUAAACUUCAGUGGUAUUUGGGAAAGCAAAAUAAAAAUUAUUAGCUUGCAGUAGUCCCUGCUAAUUCCUGAUAUUUACUGUGAUUUUUAUUUUCAGACCUAUUUAAAAAUAUUUAAUUAAAAACCCAACAAAACACACCUUUUCUCUUCUAAGAUGAAAUUGGCACUUGAAAUUAGUCAUGAAGUCCACUACCAUGGAAAUUUCAGAGACUUAGUUCUAGCAGUUGUGUCACAGUGACAGUGUUUUGCCUGCAUAGUGUUAUUAUUUUGAAGUUCUUCACUAGUCAGAAUUGGAUCAUCCUGUUGCUAAGUCAAAACUCCAUAAAGAAUUUUUGAUAUUUUCAGAGGUGCUAAAUUUGUCGUGUUCACUUACAUGUGUGGAAGUGAUGUAAAGCGUUUUUUUAAAGUACAUAGGUGAAGAAAUUAUUAUUAUAUUAUUUAGAGAUAAUACAGCCUUCAGAAACAGCUCAGGCCUGAAAACUCCUCCAGCAGACUAUGCCAAAGUGUGAAGUAACACAUGUGUACGUGUGCACACGCGCGAGAGAGAAAUCUGUGAAGGGCUUAACAAGCACCAUCGUGCUUGCUCACUCCCUCUCCCCUCCCACCCUCCCUUAUCUUUCUUUUUUUCUUUCUUUCUUUUCUUUUCUUUUUCCUUCCCCUUGCUUAUGAUCAAAAUGGCAUUUCAGUCCAUCUCUGGGAGGGACAGUGUUUAGUGUGCGUGAUUUCAGCUAGACCACAUCAGAGACACUGUCAGGCAGGUUCUGCAAGUGAAGUCUUGGGAAGGUCUCCCUUAAAUGGAAAUAACCAAUAGGUAUGCUUUUCAUGGAGAGGAAAAAAAAAAGAAGUGGCUGCUUGCAUCUGUUAGCAGUCUUAAGUAAUGUAUACCUGGGACAAUAGGCGGCACAACAUGCUAAUGUGUGAGAGGAGGCAUUUGUCUCAUUUAUGUCAGCAACCUCUAAAACUCCCCCCUGCCUAAUGCACUGGGUUAAUUUCUUUUUCAAGCAUCACUGAAGACUCAAAAUCUUAUGAUUUUAUGACUGAGUAUUAUGUAGUGUUGGACACUGUAUUACUAUUAAAACUGUGCAAUAUGAAAAUACUGUUUCCAAACCCUUGAAGGGCAGUAUUUAAAACACAACUUCUGUCAAUAUCAUCUUGUUUGUGUAGAGAUGUAGUUACCCUAACGUCUGACAUUUUGUAAUUUCAUUGAACAUCUUUUCAUGAAACACAGAAAGGUAAUGUGAAAUAAAUGCCAUAUACAAAGUCUGUUUUCUUUUUACUAGAAUUUUUAGCCUUUGAUACGUAACGUGCAACAUGCAUUGUAUUACAAUUUGAAUUUUUCAAACUCUACAUUAAAAGUGGAGGUCAGCUAAGAUGGUGCCACAGAGAUUAUGGAUAAAUGGAUGG